UACUUCUCUCCACUCUUCUUUAACCUCAUCACUCCCCCGUUACAGACUCUCUUCUGCAGUUAUUGUCACAACUGCUCAAAUGGAUCUGUUAAUAUAUAGUGCUUUAUUUUGCCUUCAUGUACUUACAGUUUAUUGUAAUUUUGUGGACGUUGUUGUGGAUCGGUACGACAUACCGAGAGUUUGUCCUCGAGAAGUGGGGACUGACGAUUUUAUCCGUUAUCACUUUAACGGAACCUUCUUUGAAGACGGGAAAAAGUUUGACUCCAGCUAUGACCGAGGCAAGGCCUUCAUCAGCCAGGUGGGCUUUGGCAGACUGAUCGCUGGGAUGGACCGAGGCCUUCAGGGCAUGUGUGUCAAUGAGAAAAGGAGGAUCACCAUCCCCCCCCACCUGGCCUAUGGGAGCAUUGGGGCAGGUGAAGAAACACAUGAUGAAAAACUUUCCUCUGGAUAUGAAGAAGCUGAAAUUGGCCUUGAGGCUUCAUCUGAAACUCCAUCAACUGUCUCCUCGGACCAGUUUGACUCCCCCUCCAUCACGACUCUCGGAGCGAAUAUGGUGAUUCCGGGUCUGGAGGAAGGUUUGAGAGGCAUGUGUGUGGGCGAGAGGAGGGAGGUGGUCGUUCCACCACACUGGGGACAUGGUGAAAAUGGAGCUGGUGAUGUUCCCGGGAGCGCCGUGCUCUUCUUCGAGCUGGAGCUAGUGAAGCUGCAGAAAGGUAUUCCGGAAGGCUUCAUGUUUGUGUGGCUGGGGGACAGCCCAGACCCCCUCUUUCCUGCCAUGGAUCUCAAUGGUGACAAAGAGGUCCCUCUAGAGGAGUUUUCGGCCUUCAUCAUGCUCCAGGUUAAGGAGGCCAAAGGUCGUCUGCGGCCAGGGUUUGAUGCCGGCACCAUCAUUCAGGACAUGUUCAAUAACCAGGACUUAAAUAAAGACGGGAAGAUUAUAGAAGAUGAACUGAAACUUCAGGGGGAGUCUCAACAAGUGAGACGAGACGAGCUGUAAAUGGGACGUUCUGUAUUGUAUUGGUGGAGAGGAACAGGCAGGCAGUGGCUGAAGUCAUAUGAGAAUCUGUCCUGCAACUAUUUUGAAAAUGCUUCGGAGAUAGAAACAUUGUUGAGCCUUUUAAGGCAGUCCUACUUAACUUGGUUUUAUUAAAAUAAUGUGUGAACAUGAAACCGGUGUGAAAAUGUGAAAGGAAGAACAAUUGUCUGUAGUGAAAUUGUGUUCUGUUGAACUCGGCAAAUUUGAUAUCUUUCCAUUUACAAACCCUAAAAAGCAUUUGGGCUGGGCCCCUCUUCCAGAAUAUAACUUUAUUAAAUACGAAAUCAAUGCCUCAUCUAAACAUGAUGAAAACACACUUGAUUGUACAGAUUAUGUUGGAGUAGCUUUUUUUGUAUAAUAUCAGAAGGUUUGUUAUAUAAAAUGUUCUAUCAAAAUGUGUUGUGAAACAUAAAAUAAACUGUUUUGUAGUAAAA